AAAAUGCAAAAUUUGGAAGAGUAUAAUAAAUUUUUAAAAUGUCUCAACAAUAACAGUUAUUAAGUGCUAUUAAUUAACAAUAUCGAUAUAUACAAAAUGGCGAAUCACCUCAGAAAAUCCUUGAGUGGCAGUAUACAUCGUAUUCGAGAAUUUGAAUUAGAAAAAGUAAAUUUAGCUGAAGAGUUUGAUAUAUUACAAAUUGUUGGUGAAGGAUGGUUUGGAAAAAUUUUACUGGUCGAGCAUCGUGCAACCGAUACCGAAAUGGUUUUAAAAGCCCUACCAAAAGCGUACAGCGCUCUAAGAGAUUUUUAUCGUGAAUUUCAUUAUAAUUUACAUCUGGGUGCCCACAAACACAUUAUUACAACGUACGACGUUGCAUUUGAAACAGCUGGUUUUUAUGUAUUUUCACAAGAGUACGCUCCGUUAGGCGACUUAACAUCAAAUCUUACCGAUAAUGGAAUUGGAGAGUUACAUACAAAACGAGUAGCUAAACAACUCACAUCAGCAUUAGAACAUCUGCAUGCUCGGGAACUUGUCCACCGUGAUGUUAAAUUAGACAAUAUUUUAAUAUUUAAAUCGGAUUUUUCCCGAAUAAAAUUAUGUGAUUUUGGUGAAACAAGGCGUGUGGGUACUGUGGUUCGACGACGUAACGAAUGGCUACCAUAUGCUCCUCCAGAAGUUUUACAAAUUGAAACUGAUGAUAACUAUAAAGCAACCACUUCUCACGAUGUGUGGCAGUUUGGUAUUGUUAUUUUUGUAUGCUUGACUGGAUGUUUACCUUGGCAAAAAGCAGCAUCUGAUGAUCAGCGAUAUAUGCGUUAUAUAACUUGGCAUUCAAGUGCGUUAUCGCCAAUCAGAAAACAGCCAAAACUAUUCAAAUUAGUUACUUCAAAAGGUCAACGAAUGUUUAGAAAAUUAUUAGAGCCGAAACCAGAUAGACGUCUCACUGGGUUAAGUGAAGUUUAUCGAUAUUUGGACGAUCGGUGGAUGGCAAAAGCUAACAUUGAAAAAAAUGCAGGAGCCGAUGCGGAUGAUGGACUUUGCCCAUCGAUGUAUAGUUUUCAUAGCAGCCCUGAAGAAAAGAAUAAAUUAUUGCAUUCCUUAAUUCAAUAUGGAUUAGAAACGACUGUAGAUCGUGAAGCAAAGAAAGACCGUAUACGCGCAUGGAUUCAAAACAGUGUUAUAGAAGAAGAAGAUGAAACUCUUGAAGAAGAACAAGAAAUCAGUGGUAUAUUAUCAUCAGAUGAAGAGGAGAACAUUGUUUUUCAUGAUAACGAAACAGGUCCAGCUGGAGAACGAUUACAUAAUCGAGGGCCAAUCAGUACAAGACGUGUAGCAAAUGGCUCACGAGCUGAUUUACAUAGUGCAACACCUUUAGUUCAAAAUACUACGGCAAUAAUGCUUCCAACACCACCAAAGAAGCCUGAACGUCACCAUUAUAAUCAUCGUAAUGAUACCAAACCAAAAAUUGAAAAAGUUUAUACACCACCAAUUGAUCCAACGAUUCCGUUAGCUGUACAAAAAGUUCAAACACUUCCCAACACAAAUUUGAAUAAUAAUACGUUACCAUCGCAAAUUAUUCGUAAUCCAAAUGCAUUUUUGGUUGAAACAAAUUCAUUACAAAAUUUACCACAAAGUUCGAAUACAACAUACGAAAUAACUAAUCAAGACGUAGCAAAUAAAACUCUGGGUCAUUCACAUAGCAGUAAUGCAUUAUUACAAAGUGUACAGGACAAUUCAUCACAAAUGAAUGCGAUACAAAAAUCACAAACCAUCGGUGGUUAUAUGCCGUCACAAACUUCAAAUCAAAAUUAUAAUCUCAAUUAUUCAACGCAAUCACUACAAUUCCCUCCACAAAAUGUCUCGAAUACACCUCAAAUGAAUAAUUCUACUAAUAAUAACAAUAUGCAAGCUAAUAAUUCGCAAAGUACAAUAUCAAAUACACCGUCUUCCUUAUCUUCCAACAGUAGUAUUCAAAUGACAACAAAUCAAUUGAAUAAUGCACCAAAACAAAUCAUUCCAAAUUUACAAAAGAAUUCAAAAACUGAUGUAUCAAGAGCUCUUGCAAAUACAGCAUUUUUAGCAAUAUCCGGUAUAUCCAGUACAACUGCUUCAACUAGUAACGAAACUCCAAAAUCUAUCGAUUCACAUGUAUUUUCUGAAAAAGAAAAAGAUCGUAAUUAUAAUGUGUACGGUAUUAAUGCAAAAAGUUUAGUUAAUGUACAAAAUAAAAAUGUACAUCAGUCUUCACCACCGGUAAAUCAUAAAAAAAGUUCUAAAUUUCAAGACAAUCGUCAUGUGACAUUCAGUUCAACACCUCCUGGAUCCACAAGGUCCGGUAGUAAAUAAUUGAAAUCAUAAAAUUUUGUUCUUGGUUUUUUAAUUUCCAAUUAGAGUGUGCUUCAUUAUUUUUAAGUUU